AUGGCGCUAGGUUCGGAUUCGUCCCCCGUGGCGGAAGCUAGGCUCGGAGCCACCCCGCAUGGCGGACCUCCGCAGAGUCCGGGACCCAGACGGAAGCUUCAGCAGAAGUUUAUGGCGGACGCGGUUAAGUGGCUGGUGGGAUUCGUUAUAGUCACGUCCUUCUGCAGCCUGCUGUACGUUGGGUCGCUGUCAGACGCGCUGAGGAAGGAGGACAUCACCACGUCGCCCCUCAUGUCCAGCAUAACCCACCACGAGAGCAUGCAGUCAGAGCAAAUGUCAAACCUCUCAGCGACAGUUGCCGAAAUCAACAACCGCACCAGCGCUGCUCUCAACUCCCUUACCCGCCUCCACUCCCUCGUCCAAGAGCAACGCACCCACUCCCUCACUGUUGAAAACGAGCUCGCUGCUCUCACCACCGCUGCCACCACUCACCUCUCUGACCCGCUCCCUCUCUCCGCCGCCGCUCUCAACUCCCUCUUAGCUAAGCACGCCGGGCAGCUCUCGGCAAAUUCCGAAAAGCUGACCGAGAAUUUCAAGCGGGAGCUUGUGGAUGAAGUGGUUUCGGUGAAAGAUAUGAUUCUGAGAGUGGCUGGGCCGGUGGCACAAGCAGGACUGAGGCUGGAGCUCCAAGGAGAGCUGGAAAAGGUGACUAAGGGAGUGGCGGGAUCAGUGUCAGCAGCGGUGGGGGAGCACAGCAAGGAGACGGUUUCGGAACUUAGUAAAGCGCUGGUGGAGAGGAGCAAAGAGGCGGCGGCGGAGCUAGCGAGGAUAGGAGAGAAGGUAGCGGCUGAAGCUGCAAGGGCAGCUGCUGCUGCUGUGGCUGCGAAGCUGGGGCAAGCGGGAGGGCUGAGACUGGGGGUGUCUAUCAAGGAAGCAGCAGGCCGGGUGGCUGAUUUGGUGCAGCAUGCAGAGCAGAUCAGAACCCACUUGGCUGCUGUGUCGUCUCCUGGCAACGUGAACAGUGCAGUAAACAGUGCAGUAAACAGUACAGUGAACAGUGCGGUGAACAGUGCUGUGGAGCGGUUGGAGCUGGUUGCUCGGAAGCUGGUGGAAAGAGGAGGGGAGAGGGGAGAAAGAGGGGCGGGUGGAGGAGGGGAGGAGGCAGCGCGGCUCAAGGCGGAGCUGGAAAAGAAGUGCCUUCCCUUCCCUCAAUUUACCCAUCAAUCUCCUCCUUCUCCUCUGUCCGAAGGAAGAGGUCAUCUCCCACCCAGCUACAGGCGCGACUGUCAGCAGCAGCAGCUGGCCAUGGGGCACAGGAAGAAACUGCUGGUGCCUUCCACGGCCCCACCUAUGCACGUCAAGUGCCUUUCAUUCCCCAAUCUUCUCCAUCGCAACCCCACAUCCUCUCCUGCUCUCCCUCUCGCCGCAGGAAGAAUUGAUAUCCCAGUUGCAGGCGCGACUGUCAGCAGCAGCGGGUCACGGGGCACUGGGGGGGAAUGCGCAGGCAUCUCAGGGCACGCUUCCCCGAUUUGGUGGCUACAGCUUCGUGCACUUCAGGUGAAUCCGGCACUUCAGGUGAAUCCGGCACUUCAGGUGAAUCCGGCACUUCAGGUGAAUCCGGCACUUCAGGUGAAUCCGGCACUUCAGGUAAAUCCGGCACUUCAGGUGAAUCCGGCACUUCAGGUGAAUCCGGCACUUCAGGUGAAUCCGGCACUUCAGGUGGGUGAGGCGUCCUUUGCAGCGCUGGGAGUGGGGCUGCGAGCAGCGAGAGACCUGCGCCGCGCCCACCACUGUGUAUGGAAGCAAUCCAACCACUCCUCUUACAUGUCAGCCUCAUCCGCCACGUCAGAGUCAUCCGCCACAUCAGACUCAUCCGCCACGUCAGCAGCAGCAUCAGCCCCGUCAGCAUCACUGGCAGACACAGAAGUCACGGGGUCGCUGCGCAUCAUCUACCCCGCAGACAGCAGGGAGACGACCUAUGAGACCCUCAUUCUGCUCUGCUCCUUCCUCUCGCCCAUUCCUGCUGUCAAUGACGGGGUGGUCGCUGCAGUCUUGGACGAUGAGCUCAUCCCACUGCUGCUCAGGGGUGAGCUGGCUGUUUUCACAUCACAUCAAACCAAACCUCUCUCUGAAUCCCGCCUGCUCCCCGACUUCACCUUUCUCCACUACCACUUCCUCUUCGGUGUCGACCACUCCACACUCUACGACUCAGGCGGCGCCACGUCAGCAGUCCGCGCCACGCUGGCUGCUGACAUGGCGCGGGGCCGUGUCGAGAUCGUCUCGCUCGACGGCAUCCGGCCGUUCAAUCCGUGGAACCACGGGCAGAUCCUGGCCCUCCAUGACUGCCUCUAUCGCUCGCGAACCACCUCCCAGUGGGUUCUCUAUCUUGACAUGGACGAUUUUCUCUACCUCCCUCCCUCCGCAACUCCUCUCCCCAUCCCUCCCAUCCAAGCCUUCCUCUCACGCUUCCCCUCCCCGUCCUCCCUUUCCUCCUCCUCCUCCUCCUCCUCCUCCUCCUCCUCAUCCACUCCUGCCACGGAAGCUGCCGCCACCAACGCAGCAGCAGCGCACGCGCCGUCACACGCACCAGCACAGCCCGCCCCAGCAGUGAUCACCUUCGGCUCGCUCUGGUUCUCCGUGCGUCACUGCCGCCCGCGGAUCGAACACGAGGAGGAGGUCCUAGGAGUCCCACAAUACACGCACGAAUACACAGACUACGAGGAGGCCAAGAGGGCUCUGCUGCCUGGUUCUGCGGACGAGGCGUGGGGAGGGCAGAGGGACGAUGAGUUUCUGAUCGAGCGGUUUGUGUUCCACUGGCCGGAGCCCGCGUGUCAUAGUAAUGGAGAGGGCGGGCGGUUUGUGAGCCCCAAGAUGUGCCUGGGCGAGCAGGGCCACCGCAAGUUCAUUGUGGAUCCCCGAAAGGUGGAGCGCAUGGGGGUUUUUGGACCGCACAGUGACGACGCGCCCACCCUCUCCCUCCUGAAUCUCAGCACGGACGACCUGCUGCUGCUGCACUACCGCGAGCUCGGCUUCGUGAGCGACCUGCACGUGUGCAAUGAGACGGUGCACGUGCGGGAUAGCGUGGGGUGGUGGCACAACAGCACAUUGUACCCGCGAUCCGUGUGGCAGUUGCGGCAGAAGGUCCGCUGCAACUUCACGCUCAACGGGUGUGAAGACCCCACUUUUGAAGCCUUUUCACCACGUAGUUUGUUUUCUCGUGUUCCUCUCCUCUUAACUCCUGCCUUUCACGCUCCCCCUUUCCCCGUCCCAUUUUCUCUUCCCCUUUCCUCCGUUCCCUUCCAUCUUUCCCCUUCCCUCCUUCCCCUGGCCUCCCUCCCAUUCCCUCUCCUCCCACCUUCCAGCCUCGUGACAUCCCUGGAGCUUGACUCUCCGUUCGCCCGGCGCGCCAUCAUCCACCGAAAUUGCACUGGCACCCCCCUCCCUCCUAUCCACGCCUUCCCUGCUCUGCGCUCCCUCGCUCUCCUCAUCCCUGCCUCGAAACUAACCCCCCUCACCCGCUGCUCCUCCCUCACCUCCCUCACACUCUGGAACCCCCUUCCCUCCACCCUCUCCUCCCUCGCCUCCUCCUCCUCCUCAUCUGUCCGCGCCUCCCUCAAGUCCCUCACCCUGCACUCCGCCAAGCUCGAAUCGUGCCUCGCGCCUCUCGCAUCCCUCCCUCGCCUCACCUCUCUCGCCUUCCUCUCCUGCACCAUUGAUCCCUUCGACCUGCACGCCCUCGCUCGCUUCCUCCACACACUCACCCACCUCACUAUUCACAACUGCCCCUUGGUCUCAAGCCACGCCCUCUUAGCCCUGGUUGAAGCCAACCCUGCCCUCUCCUCCCUCGCCCUCCACGGCACCACCUACCGCCUGUUUAGCGCCCCGCCCUUCCGCUCUCUCCUCCACCUCUCCUCGCCCCGUCUGCACGCACUUGAGCUCUCAGGGCUGCUGUCCUUCCGCCCGGGCAUGCUGGCGCACUGCGGCGGCCUGCAGUCCCUUGUGCUGAAGGGAAUGCCGGAGACUUUUGCAGCGCCGAGUGAGGGAGAUGCUGAGACUAGGAGUGGAGAAGGAAGGGGAGGAGGAGGGGGGGAUGGAGAGGGGGAGGGAGGGGGAAGCGUGGUGCUUCAACGGGUGUCAUUGGAUAGUCUCGUUGGCAUGCUGGUGCGCGUGGUGCAGAGGGGAGGAGAGGAAGGGGAAGUAGGAGGGGAGGCAGGAGGGGAGGAAGGACGGGAGGUUGGAGAGGGGGGUAGAGGGGAGGAGUGUGAAGCAGCAGAAGAGGUUGACAGGGUGGAGGGAGCGAAUGAAGCUACAACUACUGCUGGUGCCGCACUAGCAAGGGUGGGAGGAGCAGCAGGGCUUGCAGCAGCAGCAGCAGCAAUAGCACCACGAGCAGGCAACUUCAGAAACGGAGAAGAAAGAGAGUACGUAGACAUCAGAACGGCGGCAGCAGCAGCCCUAGCCGACCUCAUAGAGUCAAGUCAAGACAUGGUCACUCUCAUGGAAUCGGCCAAGGAGUGCCACACAGCCGUGCCGUCCGCUGUUCACUGGGCGCGCAUGGCGCGGGCGCAGCCGCAAGACGCCCUGUCCGAGAUCAAAUUCGCCAUCGCUAAAAUCAGAUCGGGCAUCUCAACGUGGCGGGCGCUGCGAGUGGCAGUGAAUCAGAAAGACGCGGCGACGGCGCGGGAGGAUGCGGUGAGUGAGGCGUUUGCUGCUGCCACGACUGCGGGCGUGUUUGUGGGCACGCGGAGCAGGGUAUGUGAGGAGGGGGAAGGAGGGUUGGUGCGCCUGGAAGACUUUGACGGAAUGCUACCGGGUGAUGAUGACUUGCUUGUUGAUGCUGCUGACGCUGCUGAAGCUGCUGAUGCUGCUGAAGGGACUGAGGAGGAUGGAGAGUUUGCUGUUGGGGUUGACCCGGAGGGGCAGGCAGUGGCUGUGAUGGAAUCUCUGCUGCAGCAGUAUUACGAGCAGAGCAAUGCGGCGACUGAGAGCCUCAGGACCAUGCGCGUGCCUCGUGCAACUGCUGAUGCUGCUGCCGCUGAUGCUGCUGAUGCUGAUGCUGAUGCUGAUGCUGGUACGGCGGAUGUUGGUGCUGCUGCUGGUGCGAGUGCUGCAGCCACAGAAGCAGCACCAGCAGAUGGAACAGCAGUAAUUGGUGAUACAGCCGCAACAGCGGGGCAAAGGGGAGGAGGAAUAUCGUUGCAACAAGGAAGAGGGAUGCAAGGGGAUAAAGUCUCAAGGGAGGGAGGACAGUCAGGCCGCAGAAACAACAGUAGCAAAAGGAACGUUAUGGGCAGUCGAAAAUCAGUGGGCAGCAGCAGAAGAGCACGGAACAUGGGAGGCCAAUCAUGUGGCAUCUCCAGGAUUCUUGUGGAGGUGCUGUGCCCUCCCUUACACUCCUUAACCCUUAAGGACUUUCACUUCACCUGCACUCCCAUGCCUACGUGGCUGCCUCCAUCCCUUCCCUCUGAAUCGCCUCUCAUGUGCCUCUCUUCCGCUCCUGCAUCCCUUCCCUCUUCUUCUUCUUCUUCUUCCACUUCCCGCUCACCUUCUCACUUCGCUCCUGCUGCCGUUUCAAGGGCAGUCUCUCAGCCGCAGUCCUUCCAAUCUGUUGCACUCGCUGCUGCUUUCGGGCAGCUGAAACGCCUCACACUGGUGUCGUGCUUCGGGCUGAAGGAGGAGCAGAUGGUGCUGAUGCUGCGUGCUUGCCCCAUGCUGGUGGUUUUAAUCGUGGACAACAACAAGGACUUUUCAGACCGGGUGGUUGCAAAGAGCAGACUGGAGAUGCUGACGCAUUUGACCGUGCUUGAGUGUGAUGCAAUGACUGCAGAUGGCAUCGGAGGGCUGCUGGGAAGCUUCCCAAAGCUGCAGGAGUUGAAGGUGGAAGCAAGCAAGGUUGGUGUCAGGGCUCGCAGAGAGCUGCUUCGAGCGGGCGUGGCUCUGAGUCACAGGUGA